UGAUUUUAAAAUGGUAAUUAUUUUUCUCUUUUCCAGAUUUUAGUCGCAUUACUCUGAAUAUCUGAAGAAAUUCUAGUCAGUUUUCGUCCAACAUCGUUUUCUCAAUUUUAAUUUAUUAAAACUUCUUUAAGAAAGGUAACAUAGGACCAAUAAAUAUGAUGUCAAACGGCUUGGAUGCUGGAGUAGUGGGCCAACAAAAUGGCGGCAGUGGUGGACAGGGCGGCGGUCAGGAGGAGUCAAAAACAAAUCUCAUUGUUAAUUAUUUACCUCAGACAAUGACGCAAGAAGAAAUUAGAUCUCUGUUCUCUAGUAUAGGAGAAGUUGAAAGUUGCAAGUUAAUUAGGGAUAAAGUCACAGGUGAGGCUUCCCUUCCUUCUAACUUAGGCCUGUCGAAAGGGGUCGGAUUUAUAAGAUUCGAUCAGCGUAUGGAGGCUGAACGUGCAAUUCAAGAACUAAAUGGAACCAUCCCCAAAGGGUCCACGGAACCCAUUACUGUUAAGUUUGCUAACAAUCCUAGUAACAAUAAUAAGGCUAUCCCACCCCUAGCAGCUUAUUUGACACCACAAGCAACCAGGCGCUUUGCAGGACCGAUACACCAUCCCACAGGUCGAUUUAGGUAUUCUCCGCUGGCCGGGGACCUAUUGGCCAAUUCGAUGCUACCUGGGAACGCAAUGAAUGGCUCCGGAUGGUGUAUAUUCGUUUAUAAUUUGGCACCGGAAACGGAAGAGAACGUAUUGUGGCAGCUUUUUGGUCCGUUCGGCGCCGUCCAGAGCGUUAAGGUAAUUAGAGACCUACAGACAAAUAAAUGCAAAGGUUUCGGCUUCGUGACGAUGACGAAUUAUGACGAAGCAGUUGUCGCGAUCCAGUCCCUAAACGGCUACACGCUCGGUAAUCGAGUGCUGCAGGUCAGCUUUAAGACCAACAAGAGUAAGACCACAUAGAAAAGCGGCGAAACGCCGCUACCGUGAAGUGUAGACACCGCGACCCAUGCCGCCUCCCUGUCCGCCUCUUCCUCAUUCCUCUAAUUUAGUAUUUAUUGAUCAAUUAAUUAUUAUUCUAUUAUGCUAUUUGAGAUGUUUGGUUUUCCUGUUUAGUUGAGUGAACUAGGCGGAAGAGGGAGUGCCGCAUGGGUCGUCGACUUGUGGCAAGGGGAGAAGCGUAACAGCAACCCCCUCGCCACGGUUACUUAGUACUUA